ACGAGGCAGCUCGAGAUCUGAGGCGAGGUGAGAGACAGAGAGAGGGUGCCACUCGAGGCGUCGGAGGGCACCGACGACCACCCAGAAUGGCGGAGAUCUGGGACCUGGACGAGGAGGGGCUCCUUCGCUACGGGGCGCUAACCCAGGAUGAACGUGAACUGGUGGAGACCCUUUCAUUACAGGGAUCCUAUGCGGGAAAAAUCCGCACCAUCGGGAAUGCCUUCAGACAUUUUAAAAGUCUUCGAUCGCUAGACCUUUCCAGAAAUGUCAUCUCUAGCCUGGAGGGUAUCGAGUAUUUAUGUUCACUACAAGUCCUGAAUUUGUAUUACAACAACAUUUCUUCGGAAGUGGAGGUGAUUCGCCUGCAGAGUUUACCUCUUCUCCAGGAGCUAGAUCUGAGACUCAACCCUUUCGUCAAUAAUGACGCAAACUCUAGGCUCUUUAUUGUGAAUAUGCUACAAACCCUGAAAAAACUAGAUGAACAGGAAGUGCUAGAAAAUGAACGGAAAGUUGCCAAGCUGCGUUUUAUUCAGCUAGGGAACCGAGGAAAUGUCCUCUGUGACAAGGACAAGAAAAGGGAGAAUUCUGGGAAAGAUUCUGCAGAGAUUGAAAAGUCUUCCUUUGAAGCCGCUUCGGAUUCUGAUAUCAAUAUUGAAACUAGUGUUGAUUUCUUGGCUAAGUGCCUUGUAACUGGAAGUUAUGGACAUGGGGGAUUUAAAACCUGUCAUCAGGAUGGGGAUUCAGCAAGAUUGGUUCUGCAGUCUCAUGCCAGUGAAGAUUCUCUAGAAGACAGGGAACACAAGAGCAAGAAGUCUGUGAGCCAAUCUCGAGGGGGAUUUAAGCAAGAAGAGUGUCCCCCAGCAGCUGCGAUGCCGAAAGAUAGUUUGCGAGGUGCCACCUGUAGUGAGCCUCAUCCCCGGGGCCAGGAGAGUGCGCAGGAUAUGCCAGGACACCAGAGUACCCCCAGCUCUAUAAGAAUCUCACAUGUAGCCUCUGUCCUCAGCCAAUUCUUGGAGCUGAUUGAUCAGCACUGGAGGGGUUCUGCCUCCCUGCUCCUCAACAAUAAGUUUCUUGAUGUGGCCAAAGAUAUGAUCUUGAGCUUGAACCCUUCCCCUGCUUAUCAGGAUGCUCCUAUCCUGGCUGAAGAGAAGCUGAAAGCCUCAUCCAGAAGAGAUCCUGAAGUUGAGUCCACAAGGCCUCUUGACAGCCCUGUAAGCCUGGAAAUGUUGAAGGAAAAAUUCAUCAGACUGCUGAAGGAAAACCUCAUUUUGAAUGAUCAGGCUCAAAAAAUGGAGGGAGCAUCUUUAGACUCUAGUAGUAGUGGAAAGUCAUUCUUGUCUUAUGAUGAUCUGCUCAAAAAAAAUCAACAGCUCAAUUUUCAGGUAAUAUAUCUGACCCAGGAAGUUGCCCGAUUGAAGAAAGUGGAAGAGGCAUCACAACUUCUCCACCUAACUCAGAGGUGCCUAGUGAAGACCAAUGAAUACCUGCUGCAGCAGUUGAAUAAAGACCAAGUCCAGUCCUCUGAGAAGAUUUAAGGGUUCAGUUCCAAGUCGAGAAGCAUUGUUGUUCCCGUUUAUUUUAAGUUGUUAUUAAGCUCUUUAUAGGCAACAUUGUAUGUUUGUUCUAGAUUAGAAAGUUUUUGUUCUUUGUUUCUUUUAGAAAUAAGCAAAGGUAUUUGACAGACCAAAUCUCUUCACUGGCAUUACUCUCUAGUGAAUCUGUCUCUGUCCAUAUUCCCAUCCAUCCAAUUGUAGAUUGGCACUAGUGGCACCAGUCACUGGUGAUGCUGGUCAGCAUUGCAGGAAACAGUGACUCAGCAGCAACUGCCCACUCUAGUGGGAACAAUAGGUCUGGUACAGGGCUCUAGCCAAAAAGGCUAGAUUAGAUUGGAUUUAAGGAUUCAGUUCCAAACUGAGAGGCCAUGUCAUUUUUCCAGUUGGUUUAAUGCUGUUAUUAAGCUCUUUGGCAGAUGUUGGCUACAAAGAUUUGUGACAGACCAGACUCUUUUGCUGGAAUUACUUGCCAGAGAAUUUCUCCUCUUUCCAACUUUCCAUCCACCCAUGGAUACCAGUGGUACCAUUCACUGCCAAAUGCCCCAUGAUGCUGAUCAAUAUUGCAGAUCCCAGUGAAUCAGCAACUUCCCAUUCUACAGGGCACAAGAAGUCUUGGUGUAGUGCUCUAGCAGAAAAGACCUCAAUUAGAUUAGAUUUAAGGGUUCAGUUCCAAGCUGAGAGGCUGUGGCAUUGUUCCAGUUUGGUUUUAGUCUGUUAUUAAGCUCUUUGUAGCCAGCAUGGGCUGUUUUGUUCUAGAUUGGAAAUGUUUUUGUUCUUUGGUCCUUUUAGAAAUAAGCUAAGGUGUUUGACAAGACCCUACCCCUUCACUGGCAUUACUCGCCAGUGAAUUUGUCUCUGUCCAUCUUUCCAUCCACCCAUGGAUAACAGUGGUACCAGUCACUGCCAGAUGACCCGUGACUCUGGUCAGUAUUGCAGAUUCUAGUGACUCAGCAACUGCCCACUCUAGGGGGUGCAGGAGGUCUAGAUUAGAUUUAAGGGUUAGGUUCUUAGUCGAGAGGUUGGGGCAUUGUUUCAGUUUGUUUUUAGCCUAUUAGUGAGCUCCUUGUAGUCAACAUAGUAUAUUUUUGUUUUAGAAUGGGAAGGUUUUUCUUUGUUCAUUCUUUUAGAAAUAAGCUAAGGUUUUUGACAAGACUGUACCCCUUCACUGGCAUUACUCGCCAGUGAAUCUGUCUCUGUCCAUCUUUCCAUCCACCCAUAGCCAUCAGUGGCACCAGUCACUGCCAGAUCACUCGAGAUGCUGGUCAUCAUUGCAGGACAAGAUGACUUUGCCGCUGCCUACUCUAGAGGGAGAAAACUGUCUGGUUUAGUGCUCUAGCUGAAAGGGUCCAUCUUUCCAUUCAUCCACGGACAUCAGUGGCACCAGUCACUGCCAGAUCAUUUGAGAUACUGGUCAUCAUUGCAGGACAAGAUGACUUAGCAGCUGCCCACUCUAGAGGGAGCAAGAUAUCUGGUUUAGUGCUCUAGCUGAAAGGGCUAAAAUAGGUUUAAAGGUACAGUUCCAAGCCAAGAGGCAGUGGCAUUGUUGUUCCAGUCUAUUUUAAGCUGUUCUUUAGCUCUUCAUAUCCAACACUGUAUAUUUUAAAUUGGUAUGGUUUUUGGCUAGUUUUAGUCCUUUCGUACUUUUAGAAAUAAGCAAAGGUGUUUGACAUAUCAAACCCCUUCACGGGCAUUACCCACCAGUAAAUCUAUCUCUGUCCAAAUUUCCAUCCAACCCUAGAUACUGGGGCACCAGUUACUGCCAGAUGAUUCUUGAAGCUGGUUACUAUUGCAGAACACAGCAACUGCCCACCCUAGAAAGAGUAGGAGGUUUGGUUUAGCAUUCUAGCUGAAAGGGCUAGAUUAAAGAGUUCAGUUCCAUGCUGAGAGGCAGUAGCAUUUUUGUUCCAGUUAGUUUAAAGCUACUAAUAAGCUCUUUGUAUCCAACACUGUAUGCUUAUUCUUGAUUGGAAAGGUUUUGGACUGAUUUCUCAUUCUUUUAGAAAUAAAGGUGUU